AAAAAGUCUGUUGUAGAUGACUUCUUUUCGGCAUUAUUUGCGAAUAAUUCUACAGUUAGUGAUGAUAAUACCCCUGCGAACAAUAUUAUUAGUAAUGACAACGAACAAGAUGAAAGUAAUAUUAUGGACGAGGAAGAACAAAGCAAUCAUGGUGGCCGAAAACGAGAACGAGUAUUAGAUGAGUUUGAUGAGUAUUCGUUACUUUCUAAGCGACGCGGUUCUGAUCGUAGUAAAAAUAACUUUAAACGUAAAGCUAUUGAAGCAAGAGAAUCCAUUCAGGAUAGAGAUAUUGAUUGGAGUACUGUUAAACCUGAGUCCCGUAUGUUGGUACGUCAAUUGCCAAAAUUUAUCGAUAAACAAGAUGUUAUGAACUACUUUAGCAAGUAUGGUGAGGUUCUUGAAGUCGUCCAGAAAACUCCCUUUGGUUUUGUUCAUUUCGAGAAUCCAGAGGCUUGUGCUCAAGCUGUCCAGGUAGAAAACGGAAAGCCAUUUCACGGCAUUGUUCUAGACUUGGAGAUAUGUAAAAGAAAGCCAUUUUUUGCUCGUGCCGCAGAAAGAGAUGUACGGGAACCAAAUGCUAGAGAACCUGCUCCUGUUGAAGAGCCUCCACGUAAUGCUAAUAACCAUCAGCAACAACAGUACCAUCACCAGCAAAUGCAACAUCAAGAAGAAAACCGUGGAUACAAUAAUAAUAAUAAUAGUAACGAGGUCCCAACCGUUCAAAUCGUGGCAUGGGAUAAUGUAGCUUAUGGAUAUACCGAUUAUAUUGAACGCGUAUUUUCAUCUAACCACAUUCGUGCGUCAUCUAUUACUUUACCUUAUACUAAGGAAUCACGCGAAUCCAUCGUAAAGCAAAUGAUCCUUGAAGGUGUAAAAGCUAUUGUCAUGAUUGAUCGUCAUAACGAACUCAUAACCAAGAUUUACCUUCAAGUAUUUGCUCCCGCUGAAAAUGGACAAGGCGUGAGAUAUGAUGAAUAUGAUAGUGUUACGGCAAUUGAGGCUGUGAGUAUUAUUCGCCGUGCU